UAUCAGGAAAGAGAAAACCGCUAUAUAGUCAGCCUGCUUAGGAGAAAACGAGCAACAUUGUAGCGACUGUAGUAUUUUUAUAAUAAUGUAAAGCGUCGGGGCGGUAUAGUAUAAACUCGUUUUGAAGAUGAAAGUGAGAUAACUAGUGUGUAUUUGUUGUUAAGAGCAGAAAUGGAGAAGCAGUCGCGUCUGUUGUGUUCUGAGCUGUGUGUUCAGCGCAGACUGUAUGAAGUCACAUUAAACUGCGCGAUUCUCGCGUGGAAAGACAUACAAAUCGCCAAAAAACACACCGGACGCGCCAUAUAUGGAGCCGUCAAAGCGGGUAGUUAUUGUGUCCCGGUGUGUGAGAUUAUAGCCGUUCAGGAAAAAGAAGAUGACUCUCCGUGUGAAAACAAUGGGAAAUGGCAGAAGGUUCCUCAGAGCCCAGCGGACUCCUGCCAGCAUGCUUUCACAGUGUUCUAUGUAGAGAGGACGAGGCAGCACUGCUGGUGGUGCAGCAACGUGACUUUCCACUGCUCUGAACAUUCCCUGUGUCUGCUCUGGGUCCAAACUAUUAGGGAACAACUUGCAUUGCUGAGUGCCCAAUCGACCGAAGAGUUUGCUAGUGUACAUCAACCCCUACGGAGGAAAACAACAUGGGAAGCAGAUUUACGACCACAAAGUGGCCCCCAUCUUUUCCCGGGCUUCCAUUUCCACCGACGUGAUUGGCCCCAUUCAUUUUCAGCACAUCCCUCCGAGUUACAGCUUUACAUCAGUGCUGAUGGUAAAGAACCGGUAAUGAAAUGUACCGGGGAUUGUUUUUCACCAAGACUUCAGCUUCAUCAUUUGAUGUGGCUGAUUGAUGGUCUCCAUCAAGCCAGCAGAAAAAUGCAAUUUAACUGCCAGAUGAACAUAAUGAUGUUUCUCCCCUCUGCCCAGCCUCGCUGUCAUUGUCCCGUUAACAAUGGCUUUUUCUCUGUUGUUUCUAUAGUUACAGAGCGUGCAAAUCAUGCCAGGGACCACUUGAAGACAGAGGCUGAUCUGAAGAAGUAUGAUGGUGUGGUGUGUGUCGGAGGUGAUGGCAUGUUCAGCGAGAUCAUGCAUGGCCUCGUCUCCCUUACGCAGCAAGAAGCAGGUGUGGAUGAGAACUCUAUGGAGGAGACCCUUAUGCCGUGUGGACUUCGCAUCGGCAUAAUUCCUGCAGGUUGCUUGUGUUUUCUGAAAUCCAUCCUGGCUUUUUCUGCAGGUGAUUCUCAGCCAAUGGACGUCUGCUCGGUGCACAAUGAAGACCGCUUCCUGCGCUACUCUGUGUCACUACUGGGUUACGGGUUCUACGGAGAUGUGCUGACAGACAGCGAGAGGAAGCGCUGGAUGGGCCCGGCCCGUUACGAUAUCUCAGGUGUUAAAACUUUUCUGUCACAUCGCUACUAUGAGGGAACUGUGUCCUUCUUACCUGCUGAAAGGAACUUGGGAACUCCCAGAGACAAAAUGCAGUGCCGAACUGGGUGUAGUGUCUGUCGGCAAUCCUCUUCUGACAAACUGGUCAACAAAAAUGAAGACAGCGUUUCUGAUGCUGAGUGUCAGGAUACGUGGACGGUCAUCAGGGGAAAGUUCUUGGCCAUCAAUGCUGCCAGCAUGAGUUGUGCGUGUCCUCGCAGUCCUAAAGGCCUGUCGCCGUCAGCGCACUUAGCAGAUGGAACUACUGACCUCAUCCUCGUCAGGAAGUGCUCCCGACUCGACUUCCUGCGCCACCUGCUGCGCCACACCAAUAAGGAUGACCAGUUUGAUCACUCUUUUGUGGAGGUGUACCGGGUCAAGCAGUUCCGAUUCACCCCCAGAUAUCAGGAGUGUGAUUCUGAAGUGGACCUGAGAGAAAGCGGAGCAACAGGCAAGCGAUUCCUUAGUCAGAUCUGCAGGGAGCACAGAGCCUGUGGCUGCAUGCCUUCCCAGAGCAACUGGAACUGUGAUGGAGAGAUCCUCCCACACACUGCCAUUCAAGUCCGGGUCCACUGCCAGUUGAUCAAGCUGUUUGCGAGAGGCGUCGAAGAGCAGCCUGUGUUUGAGGACCUGUACGCUCACUGUGCAAUAUAGAUCUCCACUCCACUUAAAAAAACCUCCAGCUGGAUCAUUAAGGAUCGAGAUUCUUUGAAUGGAAUAGUCACCUUCAGCUCAGCACAAUGUCAUGCUGUUUCUUAUACUGUUUUACGCAGAUAAUCCUCAUGAAGAUGCAUUGAAAACACACAGAGCUGGAGUCAACAGCAUUUUAUAUAGGCUGUAUUAGAUUUGUGUAAGAUAGGAUCAGCUGUUUCAGCUAGGCAUUAGCAUUGCCGAUUUUUUCAUUUCAACCCAAGUCCUUGAAGUUGCUGGUGAUAUGUCUUGCUGUAUGCCACAGCUUCCAGUUGUCAGCAUUUGUCUUCCACCAUGAUCAAGCUGGUCUUGAGAGUAGCGUUAAUUAAAUCCCAAAGUCAAAUUCCUGGAACUGUGAAAACUCUGGUAUGUUUAUGAAAACAUUCCUCUUGGUUGCACCUUCACUGUUUUUUUUGUUUUUUUUUCUAGAUAUAAAGCACUUGAGGUGGUCACCUGAUGAAGCUAUUGGUAUACCAAAAAAGUUUGUGGUUUAUGUUGAACUUGUUGGUCAUUCAAAAUUGAAAGUUCUGUUAUAUAAUUUACUAAAAAACUUCCAAAUUAAUUUUAAGUUGUUAAUCACUGCCAGCAGUGUUAUUGUUAAAGGGAUAGUUAC